AAAACAACUCAUGCCAUACAUGUUAAACAUACUUAUAUUCUUGUGAUAGAUAUUGUCACAAACAAAUUAACACGAAAGUGAGAGAGAGCAUCAAUUCCAUAUGUCUUCCAAAACAUUUGAUGAAUAGUGUACAAUCAUCUCAAUAAAUUAGCUGGGUUCUGAUCGAUCACAAUUCACAGAAAAUUAGAAAAUCGACCGUGUGUGGGGAGCUAAUAACUAAUAAGCUCUAUAAGGUGUAGAGCUGAUGGACUAAAAAUCAGCACCAUCGAAAGUGUCGAAUUUUGGUGGGCCGUCUGGUUACCUGAUCUCACAUGUGAGUGUUUUCUGGUGAACAAAGCUUGGAGGGAUACCGGAAAAAAUGCCGAGCAAGAAGCCGAAAAUCGUGAUAAUUGGAGCUGGAAUGGCUGGUAUUACAGCUGCCAACAAGCUCUACAAAUCUGCUGGCUUUAAGGAUUUGUUUGAGCUUUGUGUUGUGGAAGGAGGGACAAGAAUAGGUGGCAGGAUUAACACCUCAGAGUUUGGUGGUGACAGGAUUGAGAUGGGUGCUACUUGGAUCCAUGGAAUUAAAGGCAGCCCAAUUCACAAGAUUGCUCAAGAUAUCCAUUCCCUGGAAUCUGACCACCCAUGGGAAUGUAUGGAUUCUCUUGAUGAUCCAAUCACCAUUGCUGAAGGUGGGCAUGAGUUGAGCCCAUCUAUCAUUGACCCAAUUUCCAAUCUGUUCAAGAAACUCAUGGAUUUUGCUCAGGGAAAAUCUGUUGAGGAAGAUGAUGAUUCAGUACCAGACACUGAAUUCAGCAAAGUCAACUUUGCCAAGCUUGCUGCUGCUAAAUCUUCUGGCCCUGGGAAGGGAAACCUUGGAAUUGGUUCUUACCUUAGAAAGGGCCUUGAGUCUUAUUGGAAUUCAGUGCAUCAGCAAGAGCAAGAAGAUGAAGGUAAACUGUUUGGUAAUUGGACUAAAAGAGCACUCCAAGAAGCCAUUUUUGCAAUGCAUGAAAACACACAGAGGACAUACACUUCUGCAGGUGAUUUGGAUACACUGGAUUACAAUGCAGAGAGUGAGUAUAUUAUGUUCCCUGGUGAAGAAGUAACCAUUGCAAAAGGUUACUUGAGUGUUGUUGAUUCUUUAGCUUCUGUUUUGCCUUCUGGCCUGAUUCAAUUAGGCCGAAAGGUCACGAAAAUCGAAUGGCAGCCAGCAGAUAGUACUCCAUCAUCAUCAUCAUCAAUCCAUAGAGUUUUUGAAAAUGGGCAUGGAACUAGGCCUGUUAUCAUACAUUUCCUUGAUGGAUCAACCAUGUCAGCAGAUCAUGUCAUUGUUACUGUUUCACUGGGAGUUCUGAAGCAGGGGAUUCGCCAAGAAUCCGGCUUGUUCAAUCCUCCACUUCCAAAUUUCAAAACAGAAGCUAUUACAAAGCUUGGAUUUGGUGUAGUCAACAAGCUGUUCUUGCAAUUAAGCCCAACAACACAUGAUCAUGAAAGCAGCAAGAUUCCCAAGAAGUUUCCAAGCUUGCAGUUGGUUUUCCACCAAUCAGGCAACCCGAAUUCAAAAAGUUCAAAAAUCCCAUGGUGGAUGAGAAAGACAGCAACUUUAGCACCAAUUUAUAGCAAUUCCAGUGUUCUUUUAUCUUGGUUUGCAGGUGAAGAAGCUCUGCAGCUAGAAUCCAUGAAUGAUGAUGAUAUCCUUGAUGGGGUCUCCGCAACAGUGUCAAAUUUAUUGUCCAAAUCAGGGAGCCAAAUCAAAUCAAACUCAAACUCCCAUCAAUUAUGCAAUGGGGAUGCCAAUUCUGAAGAGGGGUUACUUCCAAAAUGUGUGAAAUUUGACAAAAUUUUGAAGAGCAGAUGGGGGACCAAUCCCCUGUUCUGGGGCUCCUACAGUUACGUUGCUGUUGGAUCAAGUGGGGAUGAUUUGGACGCCAUGGCAGAGCCAUUGCCAAAGUUUAACAAUUCGGUUUCAAGUUCAUCAUCAUCAUCUCCGCAGCUUCAAAUUCUGUUUGCAGGGGAAGCAACACAUAGAACUCAUUAUUCAACAACUCAUGGUGCGUAUUUUAGUGGUCUUAGGGAAGCCAAUAGGCUUCUUCAACAUUAUAAUUUUAUUAGCAAUGGUAUAUGAUUAUGAAAGUUGGUUUGCUAUUUUAGAAUUUAGGGCCUUUUUAGAAAUGCUAUUUUUCUUUCACUUAUUAAUGUGGAAAGUCUUCAUAUUUUUCUUUCACUCCUUUGGGGGAAAUGAGAGUGCCAUAUUGAACUUAUUAUGUUAGUGAUAGGGGAAGUAUUGAAAGGGAGAGAUGGGGACAUUUCCAGAUGUAGUGAACUAUUGAUUAAUUAAAGAUAUUAUUCGUUUUCA